UUGCCUAACCGCGAUUCAUUUUGACAUUUGACAAUUGUUCAAGUGUCAAAUCUAAUAGGAAUAUCCUUAGUUUUUAAAUAAUUUUAAAAGAAAAAUACAAUGUUAUCCUCGGUCAGGAAGGCUGGCUGCUCCUUGUGGAGAGGUGUUGUGGCUCCGAGGUCUAUCCAGACAUCUUCAGCACUCCAGCAUGACAGUCUCUUUGUGCACAGGGAUUCGGCUGCAGAUAAUCCAGAUAUUAAAUUUGAAUUCACCCCUGACAAUAUCAAGAGGGCUGAUGCCAUCCUGGCCAUUUACCCUGAGGGACACAAGAGGGCUGCCAUGAUCCCAUUGUUGGAUUUAGCACAGAGACAGCAAGGAUGGUUGCCAUUGUCCGCUAUGCAUGCAGUUGCUGAUAUGCUGAAACUCCCCCGCAUGAGAGUCUAUGAAGUUGCUACCUUUUACACAAUGUUUAUGAGGAAACCAACUGGUAAAUACCAUUUGCAAGUGUGCACAACUACUCCUUGCUGGUUGAGGGGAUCUGAUGAGAUUCUGGAGACAAUUUGCAAGAACCUUAACAUGAAAGUUGGAGAAACGUCCAAGGAUGGUAUGUACACGAUUUCCGAGGUCGAGUGUUUGGGUGCUUGCGUGAAUGCGCCCAUGGUGCAAAUCAACGACGACUACUAUGAGGAUCUUACCGUGCAAGACACGGAAGAGAUUCUCAGCGACCUGAAGGCCGGAAAGAGACCGAGGGCUGGACCCAGGAGCGGCCGUUUCGCUGCUGAACCUCUUGGUGAGCCAACAUCUCUUAAGGGAGAGCCGACUGGUCCAGGAUUCGGUGUUAGAGCCGACUUGUAAAUAAAUAUGAAACAAUAAAAAUAGAUUUAAUUUA